GAACUUGGCAGACAUCCAGUUAGACGUUCUUUUCCUCGUUCUCCGUUAAAAGCUACCAGUUUCUUUCGCAUAACACAAGUUUUCUGAACUCGAUAUGGACGCCAAGCUACUCUUCGUUUCCGGACUCAUCAUGAUCCCCAUGAUAUCUGGCGCCCUGACCUUCAAUGCAACGCUCAUAUGCGGCCUGGUGGUCAACGGCACCAAGAUGAACGAUCCUCGGGCGUGCAACGCGUGGAUUCAGUGCGUCGAUGGGAGCGCAGUGAGUGGAAGCUGUGACAGUGGGCUCUUCUACGACCGGGAGAGCCAGAAAUGCCUGAGUUCCAAUAGCGUCAAGUGUCUGUCCAGUGAUCCGUGCGCUGCUACACCCACCGGAUUUGCGGCCGAUCCGUACUCCUGCAACGGCUAUUACUACUGCAAGGAUGGCAAGGGGGCGCACGGAGUGUGCAACCCUGGAAUGAACUUCAAUCCGGGCACGCAAGACUGCAUCCGGGAUUUUCCGUGCUCGAACAAAAUGGACCCGGAUAGCUAUUGCAAUAUUCUGCCGGACGGAGUCUUUGUCAAGGACACGGACAACUGCAACGGUUAUCAGAUGUGCUGGAAUGGCCUGGUGAUCAAUGGAACCUGUCCGGGCACCUUCUACUUCAAGGCCUCCUCGGCCCAGUGCGAUUAUCCGCAGGACGUGGAGUGUGACUUCGUCCCAGUGCCAGAUAUCAGCGCAACGGGUGUAUGUCCACUUACUGGCGGAUUUAUAUCCGACAACAAGACCUGCAAUGGCUAUUACUACUGCAAGGAUUUGGGCGAUGGAGAAUUCUCCCUGGAGCAUGGCGUCUGCUCCGACGGAAGAUUCUUCCUGGCCACCGAUGGCGGCGCCUGUGUCCCGCGAUCCAAGGUGAAAUGUGGCUACAAUCGCUGCGUGGGAUUGGGCAAUGCCACCAUACAGCUGGCCAACGAGUCGGAUGACGGAUGCAGGGGCUACUCGAUCUGCCAGGAUGGCAUCGUCAUUGGUCAGGGAACCUGUCCCCAGGACGAGUACUUCGACGAAACUGCCCAGCGGUGCACCACCCAGGUCAUAUCCUAUACCGCCUGCCAGACAUCGGAGGGCACCACCCGAACCACCGUGAAUGAUGGCACCACCUCCGUUCCGGUGUCGUGA